AUGGCUUUAGUAGCGCAGUUUGUUGUUUCACCCUUUAUGGAAAUUGAUAUCCAACAGUUUGCAACUUGUGUUAUGCAGAACUUUUGCGAAGACAUCGCUGCAACAGAAAUGGAAAAAUCUACCGCAGAUCCCGACACACCUAAACCUAUUUCAAGAGGAAGAGGUAGAUCAAGAUUCGUUUCUCCAUCUGAAUAUUCAGAUCCUCCUUCAUCUACGGAAUCCUCUUCGCGAAAAACAAUCGCUUCGAGAAGGCGAGUAGUUGAAAAUAUAGAACAAAAGUUUCCGUCCAGGUCUUCAGUUGCAUCUAGUACUCCGAAACAAGCGAUUUCAACGAAUGCUAAUAGGAGAACAGCUUCAGUCGUUCAGACUGCUGAUACAAUUUUUUUAAAUAACGACAAAGUAGCUAGACCUUCACUGGUGGAGAACGUAGGUAGAAAUACUCCUGCGCCAUCGACUUUUCGAGCAUUUAAUAAACGACCCAAAAAUUCGUAUGAAGUAGAAGAAACACCAGAUGACAUAGAUCCAUACCGAAGAAAAAAACCUAGAGUACUAACCGAAACUAACUUUAAAUCUUCCAAUUUCCCAAAACGAGCUUUAGAAAAUUCAGAACCGCCAAGCACUUCCGCCAAAAUAUCAAAAAACUUACUAACACCAGACUCCCCGCCGCCACUUAGUACUUUGGGAAACACCAAUUUACUCGAAGAACAGCUGCUGGAUACAACUCUAAAACCAGAAUUAGAAACACCUAUUGGCACUUUAACAGAAGAUGAAAUUCAGGAAGAAACUCAAAAAACUAUACCAGUUUCUUCAACUGUCAAACCAACAGAACCACCCAGACCACCUGGUAAACGUCGAACCGGAGUCAGAAAAGUCGUAAAUAGGGUAACAGAACCUGUGAUUGCAACUCCUGCACCUGGUGGUAGAGUUAGAACAAGGAAUAGACCUACGCAGGCUCCGGAUUUUUAUUUUCAAAGUGUAUCAACGUCUGUACCAUCCACUAGCUUUCGAAGGAGAGUAGAUUCAUUGUUUUCUGCAAUAGAACCAAGAAAAGGACCAUCAGUCUUCAAUGCCGAUACUACAGCAUCUGAGUCGCGUUCAAGAACAGGAAGGAAAAUAGAUUUGCUGCCCACUGAGAAAAUUCCCAGCAGGGGUCGUCGAGUGACCAUAACUCCAACAACCGUCAAAAGUACGCAAACAUCUACGUUACGAUCUAGAGGUGGUAGAUUUCGUUCCCGUGAGAUGCCAAUUAUAGACGAACAGAAACUUGAAGUUUUACCGUUAUUUGAAGAGGAACCGAAAAUUGUUCCAACCAGAGGUCUCAGCAGAAAUGAAAAUUCAGAUUCCAAAUCUAAAGAGUUAAAGAAAGCAGAUGUAACGAAAUCAAGAACGUCUAAUAGAGAUGAGAGAACUAGACAUUCUAAUAGAGCUGAUGCGGAUUCUAGAUCUAAGAAUAAAGUAUCUUUUGUAGAAAAAGAAAAACCAACUAUUAUCAAAAAAGAGAAUAUUGAUUUAAACUCCCGGCGCAGAGGAUACCCAGCAGAUUACAUUGAAGCCAGUGCUACAGAAACUGACAUGAAAAUUACUAUUACCGCCGUCAAUGUAGAAAGUACAACACAGCCUCCUAAACCCUCUACACCUUCUCGCAACACUCAAGUCAAAGAAUCGGUUACACAAGAAAUAAACGAAGUGACGUCAAGAAGAAAAGUGUCGAGGAAGAAAGUAAUCAAGCAAAAAGUUCCUAGUUUUCGUGGAACCAAAAAAUCGGAAGUAAAAUUAGAAAAGAAACACAGCAGUGAGGAAAUCGGAGAAUCCGAUAACUAUCCGGAAGAAUUUAAGGCGCUUUUGAAGGCUAAAAAAGAACAUAAGGAGUCAAGACCAUCUCCCUUGGUUUCUUCAUCUUCUCCUUCAACACUUUCUUCUACAAUCAGCGUCGUGACUUCUUCAACUCCGCCUAGUACUACAGCGUACUUGUUAACAACCAGACAGAUAAAUGAUAACGACAACGAAAUAAAACCAAAACCAUCGACACCUUCUCCGAAAAUUACAUCCACGUCUCCGCGUUGGAGUAGAUCAAGAUAUUCGCCUUCAACUACUACCCAAGCUGUUAGAGAUGAUUCAUCAACCAGGAGACAAUCUUUUAGAACUACAACUUCUUCGACUACGUUAUCAAGAGGAACUAAACACUUCAUAACGUUUCCGUCUAGAGCAAAUAGUUCUGUACCAAAAUUAGAUAGAAACGUUUCUUUUAAACCGAGAAUAUCUAAUAGUGAAAAUGAAAUUAGGAGAUUCAAUAGAGGAAGAAAUGCGAAACAACCAUCUGAGUCAAACGUUCCAAAAUAUUCUACUACCGUAAAAAAAUUCGAUCGUGGUAAAUACAGAAGUGGGUCGACAACAAUUGCUCCCAAAUAUAUACCAACCAUUCCGUCUGUACCAUACGUACCCACGGUACCCAUAGUGACCACGCCUAGAACUUGGGUUGGGGCGUCGACAUAUACAAAGGACGACGAUCUAGGACUUCAGGUGAUAUCUAUUGAUGAACCUGUGCAUGCUAUUCCUUCGGCAAAUCUUGUAAAUGGUAAUUACAAUGUGCCCACCGAAAAUUCCGUCACUAUUCCGUUACCACUGGUAAAUGGUGGAACUACUGAAAAACCUGUAUCGAUUAUAGAAAGGAUUAUAAAUUCUAUAACCGCUAGAUCGACUAUUUCACCCUCAACAGAUACAGUAACUAAGAUUACAGCAUCAACGACCGAAUCCCCGUCAGCCAUAUUAAAAUUAGCACCCAAAAGAGCUAGACAAACCGACAAGACUGACGAUACACGACAACGACAAAACUUAAUAGACACAGUAAGUCUUACAACUGAAAACCCAACAACAAUCAUUGAGAAGAUACUAAGUAGCCUAAAUGCUAUACAAGCAACAGAUAAAAAUGGGUCUGUUCAAGUAGGUACCAAUUUUAAUACUUUGAGCUCUUUCACUACCACACCUUUACCUAGCGUGACUAAGUCUUCCACCAGAUCACUUCUUGCACUUAGCAGCACUUCAGUCAAUCCACUUAGUAUAUUAGAUGAAAUCACUCCAGAGGAAGUCUUGCAAAAACGGACAAUAGGUAGAUUGUUAGAUAUUUUAAACGGUCUUGUUAUCUCUACCCCGCUACCUAGCAGUGAAAAUUUUGUCGUUGUCACGCCUAAAAGUGUAAAUAAACCGUCAACUUCGAACUAUCCUCUGUCAUCUACUUUCACUUCUACGAUAUUUAACGAAAUAAAUUCUGAAGUACCUUCUACUAUUUCUUUACCUUCAACUGCACUUUCUUCUGAUUCUACGUCUUCUGAUUUAUUUUCGACUACAGCACAAUCUAUUUCUACUUCCGAAAAUGCUAAUGCAUAUUCUACGUCUACUAAUUUAUUUUCGACUACAGCACAAGCUAUUUCUACUUCCGAAAAUGCUAAUGUAUCUUCUACUGAUAUUUCUUCUUUAGCUGCACUAACUUCUACUGAUUUACCUACAUCGGUUGCACCACCUUUUGAAGAACAAUCCACAGUUUUAACUACUGAAGCUAUCUCUGAUUCUGUAACUUCAACAGUCGUAACAGAAGAUGUAUCAAUGUCGCAAGAACAAUCAUCGACUCUUAUUCCUGUAAAUGAUUUAAAUUUGGAUGAAACUCUGUUAACCUCGACUACUACUAUUGAGCCACAAACAGUACCGUCAACUUCCUCAUUUCCAAGCACGAGUGAAGUAGGCGUAAAAAGUACCGAUGGUAUAAAUUUCUUCACUUCACUUUCUACUCUUCCUACUUUAGACAAAUUUGAAGUGAGUCCAGGAAGUGUUUCUGUUUUUUCCGCUAAUGAUCUGUCUAACUCAAUAACUCCUGAUGAUAACUUUUCCACAACUACUAUUAUAAAUAUAGCAGGUAGAUCCAACUUUGAUAACACUGCUACUACACAAAGUACCACUACUGAAGUUGAAACUACUACUUUAGAAGUUACAACCGAAGCUGCUUUGCGUGACAAUAGUGGUGCUAUGGAAAGUAGUACCCCUGUAACUGUAAAUAGUACCCAAGCUAAUGGUAGGUCUGGAAAGCUGUUAAAUGUUGUAGAAGAUUCUGUACAAAAUAGUAUUGAUACUUCCACUCCUGACUAUUUUAUCUUCGCUGUACUUAAUAAUAACACAGUCUUACGUAAAAGGCCAUUGGUAGAAGCUAAUGCUCCGUUUCUUGUAAUUGGUGUGUAUCCUAACAACACUGUCGUGAAAAAAUAUCCAAAUGGAACAGAGGUUCCCAUGGAAUCAGUUAUAAGGGUAAGGGGAUUCGAUACACGUCAAAACCCCCCACCUUUGCCAGAAAUAACAAGUAACCAAGUAACAAGCGAAUCUGGAAGUUCUGUGGAUAAUAAAAUAGUCGAAACGGACGAACAGAACACAAUUCCCUCUGAUACAAACUCACUUUCAACAGCCGCAAGCACUACUACCCGUAUAACCUCUAAACUUUACAAAGUUUCUAGUUCUGCACAAAGUUCUACUACUGUCACUACACCAAGUACUAGUACUAUUUAUUCUGAUUCUAAGCCUACCUCUUCACUUCCAAUGAGUACUGUCCUAAUUACUGGACGCACAAUAGAACCUAGCACCGUCGCUUCUAAUGUGAAUAGUGCUGGUACUACCUUGCCGGAUAUGGUGACAGUAGAAAGCAGUACUGUAUAUAGUACUACGCCGGAAGGGAAAAUCGAUUCGACGUUCCCAACGCUAUCCGGGUUAUUAAAUGGAAAUAUUUUGGAAGCUUAUAAUGAGAUUGUUAAUAAAACAGACAAUAAAAACUCUGACAUUCCUAAAUCUGAUGGGGUUAAGGUGAAUACGGUUGAUUCCGUUGCAAAUCUAACAAGUACUUUGGCUUCAACAACCGUAGAAAGUUCAACAGUAGAAACACCGAAGAUCGAAAUGUCAACACAAGAUUCAGUAUUACUAUCAAACAAAAUAUUGGAUGAUACAACUACGACUAUCCGUACCACUACUAAGCCCACUAAAGGUAGAAGAUUUACAUCCACUCCGACUAUUCCAACGUCAACAUUCUUCCCGAUAUUUUUAUCAACAUUUUUUCCUAACGUUUUCGAAACGACCAAAUUUCCGAUAAUACCAACGACAUCGCCAGAGGGGGUCAUUAGAAUUUCUGCAGCUCCAUCUAUUGAUGAAACGUUAUCUACUGCCGCCAGUACUACCAGACCAACAACGGUGCGUUUGACAACUGCUAGAACUACAACAGAGCAAACAACUGCUAUACCUACUACUACCAGAAUGAGGACAACUACAACAAGAACGACCACUACAACAAGACCGACGACUACAACAAAAGCGACCACUACAACAAGAGCGACCACUACAACAAGAGCGACCACUACAGCCAGGCGGAGAACUACAACACCUUCAACCACCACGUCAGCACCAACAACAAGGCGUACAACUACCAGACCUAGAUUGACCACUACAAGUCCGCCUAUUGUAACAACAACUGCUACUCCUAUUACAUCAACAUAUCAAACGGUAACGGCUGCUUCUAGUACAAAGAGAAGCGCAACGGUUGCUGAUUUUAAUACUAUAGAAGUAACUACACCAAAAACAAUAAAAUUAAAUGAAUUAUCAAAAGAACAAAGAGAAAAUUUGAAGAUUAUUGCUCAACUUGAAAAAGAACAGGCUCAGUUAUUGCAGCAGUUGUCAUUUUUGACUAAUUUAGGUCUUGGAGCAAAUAGAGGCACGAAGCCACCAACUAAUGGAAAUAGAAAGCCAAAUAGUUCCAGCAAAACAUUAGCGGAGAGGAUUGUCGCUUUGGCAGUUGAACGGGACAAAACUACUACGGUAGAACCAACAAUUCCUACGACUACUAGACUACCGAACUCUAUUCAAGACCAACUGGCUGCUCUCCAAACAACCAGACAGCCCCAAAAAGCAACUUCUUUAGAUGACGUUUUAAAACAAUUAAAUUUAAACGGUUUAAAUGUAGCUACGAAACCAACUGAACCAACUGUAAAAUCCGAAGAUGCUAUACUCAACUCAUUACUGAGAGAACAAGGAAUUAUACCUCCAACUCCAAAAAGUUUAGCUGGAAUAUUUGAUGAAACCCCCAUUCGGUCAAGACCAAGAACUCCUGCACCACCUCCACCGGGUCCUUUAAUGAGGGGAUUAAAUUGGUUGUUGACAGCUCUAGGACCGCAACCACAACCACAGAUUGUACCGACUAGAAGACCUACCAGAAAACCGGCAAAACCUACGAAACCUAAAAAGCCUCCGAUAGAUCAAGAGCUUCUGGCUAAUUCGCCCACGCACGUAACACCUGUAGUAACCCUUGCGCCAUCUAAAACAGCCAAUGCUCUCAGCCAAGAUGAUAUUAAAAAAUUAAUAAGUCAGCUAGAGGGCAUUCAGAAGAAUCCUUCCAAAGGAACUUUGGACCUCUCCCAAAUAAAGAGUAUCCAAAAUCUAAUCAACCUAGACGAAGGAGUAGUGGUGAUGACUAACGGUGAACAUGGCACCACUUCCAGAAGAACAAGUACUGCUGCACCCACCACAAUUAGGAGUAGACAACCAUCGCAAAGACAAUCAACGCAAAGACAACCCAGAAAACUACCUACAGAACCGCCACCACUUAUAGUUUCGGUUAGCAAUAGCGUUGAAGAAUUUGAUGAAUUUGAAACAACCACCAACCGGGUUGUAAGAGCACCGAUUGGUUUCAGACCAGUUCCCGGAGUAGAUGAUGAUAAUCCAAAUACGCUUGUCCGAAGCAAUUUGAUAACAGCCGCUGUUAAUGUUACCAAAGCGAUUUCAAGUUUCUUGGGGACUGCUUUACAGGUAUGGGAAUGA